CCACAGGUGACUUGCAGCAGCUGCUACCUGGCUGGCUGUACUGCGCAUUCACCGUGUACCUGCGGUGGAUGUCACCUGUGGGUGACACAGCCAGCGAGCUCGACAGACAAGUGGACGAGCGCAGUGAUGCGCCGUGAUGCUGCUGAUGCGUGACCGUCGGUGAAAGUGCAGUUGAAAUGUGAAAUGUGAUGGAGGAGACCAGCAGUGGUGUGAAAUAAGUGCGUGGAAAAGAUCAAAGAUCAGUGUCAACCAGCUGGACACACGUCUGCAGCAGCAGCAGCUUGACUGAGCGUUCGGCAUAGGCUUAUCGGGUUACCAAGGUUACGCGGGUAUGUGGUAUUUUAGCCAAUGGAAAUGGAAAGUUUCAUCAAGUCCGAUUACAAACAACCGGAAGCUCAAUGAUCGUCUGACAACAAGGAUGUGAUGCUGCGACAUUUUAUGCGGGAGUGGCAAGACAUUUGAUAUCACCAAUCUUAGUGUUCAUGGAUUUUAUCGUGUGUGCCUGUGUCUUCGAAGACCAGAAUGGGGAAUAAUGUGACAGGACUGGGGCUAGAUGGACAGUUUGUAUGGGAGGGCCACAACGCUUUGGAUGCUGGCGGACGACAGCAGUGCAGACAGUCAAAGAAGGUGAAGAGGUUUCUGGGAAGAAGCUGUGAAAAUGAAACAAAGUGAUACUUUGGUAUUCAUUAGGCUAGAUCUUGCUGCAGUUAGACCACAAGUAUAAGUGGUAAACCAUGUCAGAUAUAGAACUGCAGCCAAUAUCCGAAGAUGAAGUGGCUAACAACACCAACCUUUCCAGUCAAAGCAGACCAUCUAAUAUCACCCUAAACCACACAAAUGGAGUUGUGGGCCAAAAGGGCUUCAAGAGUGGUAAAGUGUCCCCAUCGCCAACAUCUGGAAUGAAAUGUAUGUCCAAUUUGACUUCCCAGUCAGCAUGGGUCAAGGCACAAGAACGUUUUGCAGCACAGCACAGGGGAGGCAGAGAGCAGAGGGAGAACCAGGGUACCAUCGACCAAUUGAAUAUCCUCGGGCCAACCCCAUUUUGUGGCAUGCAAAAGAUAGCCAACGUUUUCAAAUCCAAAAGAUUCAAGAACCCCAAACUUGAACUUUUAUACCAACGCUAUUUCUUCAAGCCAAAUCAGAGCUCUGUUACAAUUCUCUUGACCAUCUUUGGUGUGGUCUCCAUAAUCCUGCUUGCCUUUCAUUAUGCAGAGGGUAUUAGAACUAUUCUACCAGGUGUACUACUGGCGCUGGUCUUCUUCACUUUCAUUGUAGUCGUAGUCUUGACAAACAGGCCAUCACUGAAGGAACAUCAUCUAUUAAUUUUAUGCUAUGUGGUAUUGACAUUACUCCUGGUCUUGACGGCAUUAGUUCCAAACACAGCAAAACCCUCUGAUGCAUCAAUUGGCAUGUGGUCUUCUAUAUUUUUUAUCUACAUGACCUAUGCGCUCAUGCCUAUACGGAUGCGUCUGGCAGUACUCGCUGGUAUAGCCAUUGCUGUUGUGCAUACCGUCUGUGCUACAGCCAUCAACUACUCAAAAGACUACAUUUGGAAGCAGGCUUUGGCCAACACCCUUAUCUUCAUUUGUGUCAACAUAGCUGGUGUGUUUACACACUAUCCAACAGAAGUGGCACAAAGACAGGCAUUUUUAGAAACUAGACGCUGCAUUCAAGCUAGAUUAACAACACAAAGAGAAAAUCAAAAGCAAGAACAACUUCUUUUGUCAGUUUUGCCUCGGCAUGUAGCUAUGGAAAUGAAAGCAGACAUUGCAGGAAAACCAAAGGAUACCAUGUUUCACAAAAUCUACAUUCAGAGACAUGAAAACGUCAGCAUCCUCUUUGCAGACAUCUGUGGUUUCACACUGCUGGCUUCACAAUGCACAGCUCAAGAGCUUGUACAGUUACUCAAUGAACUUUUUGCCCGUUUUGACAACCUGGCUGCAGAAAACCACUGUCUUCGUAUCAAGAUCUUGGGUGACUGCUAUUACUGUGUUUCUGGGCUGCCUGAACCCCGUGUUGACCAUGCGCACUGCUGUGUGGAGAUGGGACUGGACAUGAUUGAUGCUAUAGCGUAAGUAUAUGAGUAACCUGGAGUGAAUGUGAACAUGAGAGUAGGUAUCCACAGUGGGCGUGUACACUGUGGUGUGCUUGGGCUUCGAAAAUGGCAGUUUGAUGUCUGGUCAAAUGAUGUGACACUAGCCAACAUGAUGGAAGCAGGAGGUUUGCCUGGGCGUAUUCAUGUGACCGAGGAGACUCUCAAGUAUUUGUCUGGUGACUACGAAGUGGAGCCAGGCAAUGGAGGGGAGCGAAAUUCCUACCUUCGUGACCAUGCCAUUAAGACUUAUCUUAUUAAGAAUGACACCAAGCUGCAUUCAAGAACAGUGUUUGCAGCCAGAAGUUGCAGCCCUGCAGCAGUAGAUGAUCGAGCUGCCCGCAAGAUGGGAUAUGGAGAGCACAGUCCUGCAAUACGCCAGAAGCUUGGUUUCGGGGAUAACAUUGAGUCUAAAAAUCCUGAUGAUGAAGUCAACGAAUACCUUGGUCGUGCAAUCGAUGCUCGCAGCAUAGACAGAUUACGCUCUGAGCAUGUUAAAGGUUUCUUCUUGACCUUUCGCAAAAAAGAGUUGGAGGAAAAGUACCACAAGAUGCGAGACAAGAUGUUUGUCUCCCACCUGUCCUGUGUGCAGCUGAUUCUACUGUUCAUCAUCUUGACUCAGCUGAUUAUAAUACCACACACUGUUGUAAUGGCUGCAGUCUUCAGUGUCAGCAUAUUUGUCACACUUUCUUUCUUGCUGCUGUCCUUAUUUGAAAACUGUGGAGGUCUACCUAAAGCCAUGCAUGUAUUUACAGCAAAAAUUGCUGGAAACCGCUGGCUAAGCCAGACUGUUGCUGUGACAACUAUUCUGGCUCUGUAUGGCUCCUCACUCUUGCCAAUGUUACCGCUAGACACUGGACUGUUGAAGAAAUGUCUCAGCAACAUUUUUGGUGUCCAUGAAGAACAAGUCAACCUCACCAUGGUGCAAGUUGUUGGCAUUAGCAGAUCCAACCAGACAUCUGUCUGCAACCCUGACACACCCACUACUUACUUCCCUGAGUAUCUAACCCUGUGUGUUCUGCUGAGUAUGGUGGCCAGCGCUGUGUACCUGCAGGUGUCCAGUAUCUUGAAGCUGGUCUUGCUUCUCUCCAUGGGAGUGGUCUAUUGUGUGUUAGCACUGCUUCCAUACAAACCACUCUUCCUCAACUAUGACAUGCUAUUACUGGCUGACAAUGGAAUGUGGUUUGGGGAAGUGAGGUCAGGCGUGACACUGUGGUUGGAGACAGUGGUGGUCUUGGUGCUCUACACGUUUGUGCUCUUUGUCCACGCUCAGCAAGUCGAGUCCACUGCACGCUUGGACUUCCUGUGGAAGGUUCAGGCAACAGAAGAAAUGGAGGAGAUGGAGAAUCUGAGGGCUUACAACCUGCGGCUGUUGUCUAACAUUUUGCCUCUGCAUGUGGCAGAACACUUUAUCAAGAACAAGCUCAAAAAUGAGGAUGAUAAGGGCCAUUACUAUCAAGAUAUGGACAAUACAGGGAUCAUGUUUGCUUCCAUUACCAACUUUUCUGAGUUUUACAUGGAACUGGAGGCCAACAAUGAGGGUGUUGAGUGUCUGCGCCUACUCAAUGAGAUUAUCGCAGACUUUGAUGAAAUUCUGUCUGAAGAGCGCUUCAGCUGCAUAGAGAAGAUAAAAACAAUUGGUCAGACAUACAUGGCAGCCUCUGGUCUGACCCCAACAACUAACUUUGCUGAUAUGAGUCACAUCACUGCAUUGGCUGACUAUGCCUUUGCUCUGCGUACACAGCUGCAAUAUGUUAAUCUUCACUCUUUCAACAAUUUCAAAUUACGUAUCGGUAUGAAUGUUGGGUCUGUGGUUGCUGGAGUGAUUGGUAUCCGUAAACCUCAUUAUGAUAUCUGGGGAAACUCUGUCAAUGUUGCAUCACGUAUGGACAGCACAGGGGUAGCAGACAAAAUACAGGUGACGCAAGAGAUGUUCGUGGUCUUGAUGCCUUUAGGCUACCGGCUGGAGAUGAGGGGUUCUGUCAAUGUGAAAGGCAAAGGUACAAUGCUUACCUACUUCCUUGAGGGACGGAAUUAAACAGUGCAUAUACUAGCAACGCACAGUUCAAGUUUGCUACUGCCAUUGAUGACAAAUGGCCAUAACAAUCAUAAGAAGAAGAAAAAUAUUUGUAAGGUGUGGAAUCCCUUCAUGUGCCAGGUACAUGAAUGUGGAAUACAGCUCAUAGGAGAGGGCUGUAAAAUAAUAGUAGUCUCGAAGAAAAUUACUGCAAGAUAUAUUUCCACAUCAAGAAAGUCUUUUUGAGGCCCUCUUGAAACUUAAAACAUGCUGAAUUGUUCAAACUGAAAUGGUAGUGAGUUCCCUAAGUUUGGGUCCAGCACAAACAGCCAUUUGGCAAACAUUUGUCCGACCUUUUACAGGUGUAAGAUAGCGUGGUCUGCUGAUGAACAAAUGUGUCUGAAAAGAGAGUAAACAGUGAGCAUAUUUGAUAUGGAGACAGCGGAGUAAGCAGUGAGUGUAUUUGAUAUGGGGGCAAGGGAGUACGUAAUGAGCUUAUUUGAUAAAGAGGCAGAGGAGGAGCCACAGAUGAACCUAUGACAGAGCCAGCUUAUAAUCAACUUGGGCUUCAACAGGCAGCCAGAGGAGCAUACAGAGAAGAGGUGUUACCUGAUAAUGCUUUCUCAAGUUCUGAACUCUCUGUAGUUUGUUAAUUAUGUGAUGCAGACAGCCAGUAGAAAGCAUAAUCAAAUGUGGAGAAAUCUAGUGAACAGACAAAUCUCUUUGGUGCCUGAACAUCAAGGUAUGAUCUGAUGGCACUGACCUGAUGAAUAACUGCAUAAGCCAAGCAACAAAUAUGAGUUAUAUGGUGGUCUUGUGUUUGUGAAAUCCUUAUGUUAGUGAACAUGAUAUUGUUAUGACAGUGUCAACCUUCAAGACAUCUCUGUGACAGUGUCUUUAUGACAUCACUGUGUGCUGUUCAUUAGUAAAGAGGUGUCCAGUCUCCAUUAUGACAGUGCCUAUCUUCCAAACAUUGUUGUGAUAGUGUUCAUUAUGAGUCGCUAUCUGUUAUGUCUUUACAUUUGUAAUAGUGUUCGUUUUGGUCCAGUGUCGAUCCUUGUGGUAUUUUCAUUAGUAAAAAAGAUAUUUCAAACAAAAAGUUAUAACUCUUUUGAUUUUGGCUGUUUUCAUUUGAUUGUCAUGUAUACAUUGUAGACAAAUUUGAAUGUGCGAUCAGAACUAUAUAUUGUAAAUAUCUCAAAUUUCUAAUUACUUUGAAUGCGAUUCUUCAAAAACUCUUUUCUUUUCAUAACUCGAUGUGCAGGUUGCAUGUCAAAUUUUUUACUCAGUUUUCUAUAAAGGGAUCAAGUAUUACCUAAUCUCUUUCUUCUUACCAUCUUUUAAAAUUUUUGAGCAGAUGUUUUUAUACUUGUCUUGCAAUUAUGUCCAUGUGAGAUUGUGCUGCGAACCAGCAUGGGCAUGCAUUUUACUGUGUAUUUAUGGGUUCUCAUAUUUGGAGAAGUUUUACCCAAUUUUCUAAGAUAUCUUUCUACUUUAUGAAUAAAAGAGCUGGAAAUAAUUCUUUAACAUUCCGCUGCUUUAUAGAUCUAACAUGGAAAAGGAAAUAAACGUAGAAAUAUGCUGCAAUUCUAGUCUCAUGGAACUUUGAAACUGAAAUUGUAACACCUUGCUCACUGCAUUGUCAUUGUUUAAUCUGCAAAAUUACAUUGCUGUCAUGGUGAAAUGUAUGAUUAGCAUGUUUAUUAAGUUAUACAAAUUGUAAGCAUGCAUUUAACACUUCAGACAUUUAGUCCUGGCUGUGUUUACUGGGUAGGCCUAGUACUUUAUGUUAGUGCUAUACAUAAUAUUUCUUUCUAAGUCAGCACUGCAAGGUUCAUCAAUUCAUGAGUUGUGGUGGGUUGUCAGUACUGCCAUUAUUUCUGACUUCAUGCGUGCAAUUAGUUUUCACAUUUAUAAAUUAGAGCUUAAAUUGUAGAAUGCAUUGUAAGUGGGAACUUUAAAUUGCACUACCAGAGUACAUGGACUAAGAGGGAAGGGAAUGUGGCUGGCUUGAAGAGGAAUGAAGGAGAAGUGGCAGCAUUGUUUGGUUAGCAUACAUGCAUAUGUGCGGCAGGUUCCUUGUUCUCAUAAACCAUAUAUACUGCUUCUAUUUCAAAAUAGCAGACUUGUGUGUCACCAUUAAGGUGGCAUCAGUUAUAGAACAUUUUUUGUGAAGUAUAAGUGAAAAAUUAACGUGAUUGAUUUCCAGAUAAAGUAUCUCUGCCCUCUGCACUAACCAUCUCAUGUUCUCUGUCCAUGUCUUCAGCAUACUAACCAUUUCAUGACAUUUCUGUCCAUGUCUUCACCUACCCCUUCACCUUACCCAGCUACCCUUUGACUUUCUUCACCUUGCUAGGUAGUUGUAGAGUUUCAGAUUGCCGUUCAGCUACAUAUAUAGUAGUGUUUGAAAAAACCCAGUAGUAACAAGGAAUAAACUAAAGAGUAUGAACACUUGUACAAUUGUAUACCCUCGACAUCCUACGGUAUAGCUUUCUUCUUUGUCAUUGGUCAUUUUUCCUUAAAAUCACUUUACUUGUUAGCUUUUCAUCAUGCCAUCCUUUUUUUCUAGACUUUCAGUGCCCUCACAGCCUCUACCUCUCUUAAUAAUCUGUGGGCAACAGCCACAGUUGACAGUUUAUAUUCUUGACAGUGCAAGCAAAUAACAAUUGAGAGCUGUCAUUUCUAUAACCUCAGAACAGAUAUGUAUUUAUAUAAUUCUGUGUUGGGGCUGGAAGAAGGAAUAUCCAUGUGCGUUGAAACUCAUACAAAAAUUUCUGUUGGCACAAAAAGUGAUAUUAUACUCCAAAAGAUUUAUAUUUGCUGUUUCUUUCUUGAGGUCAUUCUUUCUCAAGACUAUCUUUUGUGGUCCUUUCUAUAAAGUUUAGUGACUGGUUUUAAGCACAGAUGACUCACUGCUUCUAAAUGUUGACAUUUUUGACAGAAGAUGCAAUAUAUUUAACUGAUAUAGAUAUUACCAAAUUCGCAGCAUUAUUUUUGAAUUAAAAUUACCUGUUUUGAAAAUUGUUAUUAAGUGCCACUUAAUAAUAGUUUCAGUGAGAGUUGACAGUGGAGCGUAAUGGACUACUUACGGAGGAGGACUAGAUAUACAUAUGAGACUCAAGUCUGCUUCAUAAUGCAGUUUGUUUUCUGAUCCUCAGCGUGGUGUACUUUUGCACCUUAUUGCCCCAGCUAGCUUUUAACUUCACUCAGAUAUUAAUCGAUUCUUUCACCAGAUUUUAUGGAAUUUAAUGAAUCCAUUAUUUUCACAAUUUGUCAUCUUCACUUCUUAUCCCUCUCCCUUUUAUUUCUCUCUCUCACACACACACCAACAUGUACUAACAAAGAGAGAACAUUGUGUGUAAGUUGCAUUCCUACACACAUUUGCAUUUAUGUUUUACUUCUGCUACAGUAUUUCUUUUGCAGGAAGUAUAAUGUGUACUUUCAUGUACACUAAUAAUUAUUUGGUAUUGUCAAAAAUAAUUUUUGCAUCAGAACUUGCAUUACUGUCAUGUAAAGUUACCUUGCGCAAUAAAAGGUCAAGAUUUGACACAUUUUAAUGAAUAAUAAGUAUUGAUUAGAGUAGAAUAAGCUGUUAAACCACUUAACACUUAAGUUAAAGGUAACCCCAUCACCUCUGUAAGUGUUUGCAACUUCACUGAUCAUAUGACCAAUUUUUGUGAGGGUGGUACUUGUCCCCUCUCCUUCAAAGUAAUGCUUAGGAGGUCAUUGUUCACAAUACUUUUGGAAAAUGUGAUAGUCUGUGAUGUGCUGCACUUUGAUUUUGUUCUUAAAAAAUAGGCAGAUUGUAAUAUGUUAGCACUGAUAUUCUGUAAGCAUUCUGUAGAAAAAUGUUACAAACAGUGGAAAUUUCUCUAUCUUUAAAUUAUUUCUGCAAAUCUAAAUUACCUGGACUGUUUAUCAAAAAGAUAUGGGACUAUGAAAUUAUUAUGUUUGUUUGAUUUGCUUUUUAGCUUCUAGUCUGAAGAAUUUAUUACAUGUCGUAUUCAGUGCAUUUGGAGAAUAAUUAAAGUUUUACAUUAAGGUAUUAUAUGUAAAGCAGUUUGAUUACACCCCUCUUUUCAAAGCCUUUAGGCAAAGUAGAAAGUAGAGUUCUAGUGUUCCUACAUACCAUGGUUGUAUGUAACAGAUCAUUACAGCUUUUGUGUAUGUAACAGAUUGUUAUAGCAUUUUGCUGAUAUGAAACUGAUAGAUUUUGUGUGCAGUUCAGUACCUCUGACUUACCAUAUCAGCUUAAAUUCCGUCCCCAAAAAAUUCAGCCCUCUUUCUUGCCAAAUUACACAAUGCACUCAACAUAAUUUCUAAGCAUGCUGCAAUUCCACAUCUAUUUCAAGUUAUUGUAAUAUAGUAUGCUUUCACUGUAAGCAGAUUAAUAUUGCUCCAGAAUGUGUGCAUGUAUAAAUGGAGUGCACAAUGAUGUCCUGUGCCUGGAGUCAUAGGCAUCCCUUUUACAAGGUUUCUCCCUUUCAGUCUUUUUUUUUUUUAAAUCUGACAGUUAUUUCAUGAGUCCUUUGGCAUCCCAGGAUGAUAAAAUUUAUGUAACUCAAAAUUUUUUGACAUAUUAGCAUAAAAUAAAAUGCUUUAUGUAGCGGCAUGUUUACUGCUUUGACAUUACACAGCUGCUCAGUCUUGAGUCCAGAUACCCAACUGUGAACAUGAAGAGUGAUAAGAUGAAACAUAUUUUUCCUUUUAUGUCAUUGUUUCUGUACAGCAGUCGUCUGCUCUGUUGUUUUUUAAUGACUAUCUCAGUCAUUUGUGUUUGUUAUGGUUUAAGGUUAUAUCAUUGUAAAUUUCAGCCAGCUGGUUAUGGUUAAAAAUCAAUUUAGAUGAUACACACUGUUAACUUGCAAUACAUGGUGCAAGGCUUUAAAGCAGGAACACUUAUUUUUAUGGUAUUAGAUUCAAACAGGAAAGCAAUGUUGCAGUGGUUGCCAGAUAACAGUGCUCAGGUUCUGCUUUCAUUUUGAUGUUUAAAAUGUAUUUCUGUUGUUAAUGCAGUCUUUUAACUUGUUAAUAUUUAAAUAGAGGCUAAUAUUUAUCUCGGUUUUUCCAUGUAUACUGACGAAUCUUGCAACACGCAGAGACAAAUAGUUUAUACUGAAGGCUUUGGUGCUGCUGAGCUUACUGAGCUGGAGUGGUGUGGUUUUAUAAGUUUUUCUUUUGAAAAUCAGGUUACAUGUACAAAAGCUUAAGAAAUUACAAGCCUUUCAUUUCCUUACCUCCAGGAUUUUUUUUCCUGACAGGAAAUUGUCUUAGUUGUUCAGUUCAGAUCUGAUUUGUGAAGAAACCUGCAUCUUCAUUAUACCAUGCAACAUCAAAUUGUUCUAAGUGUAAGUACAAAAGAAAUUAUAAGAUCAUUGUAAGCUAUAAGCAUUUAAAAGUGAGCAAUUCUCGAAGACUGAAAGCUCUCUUUUUUUUUUACUUUUCGGCUUUCAUUUUUAAUUUUCCUUCUGGGAAGGAGGACAAAUAUUCAUUAAGGUGUUUAAGAAAUGACAUUUUUAUUAAGUUCUCUUUUUUUUUUUUAGACUUUCUAGAUCACGUGACCAUAGGAUACAAUUUUUCUUUAUUUUGUUUAUGGGUGGUUGCAAAUUAUCUAGGAAAGAAUAUGGAAAAUGUCUGUUGUUACAUGUCAUGGCAGUUAUCAUUUACUUAUGAUAUUAAACACUGUGCAAUCUUGGUAGAUUUCUAGCAUACAGAAAGAGUCUUUUGACUCUGCUGACAGGCUUUAAGAUGAUCUUUAUAGAGGAGUAAUAGUGAAGUAACACAGCAUGACAACUACUCACUUUGUGGAUCACAAAAUAUGCACUAUUUCCGAACCUUUUUUGCCAUCUGUGCAAGUCAUUGUGAAAAAUGUUCGUGUCUAGUGUUUAUUGGCAAAAAUGUUUAUGCUAAGUGUACCUAUAAAUAAAAGGAUCACUCAAGUCAGUUGUAUCUAUGUCAUUGUGUGUAUAUUCUCUUUGGAAUUUCUUCAGUCUUGCUUAUUUUUUUGGUCUAGUCUCCGUAAGGGGCGAUGACUUCAUUUACUAAAAGUCAUUUGUUAGAAGUAAACGGGUCACAAAGGUUGGUGACUAUUGUCUGGUUACUCAUUAGUGAUAUAAACUAAUUCAGGGAGAGAUGACAAGACUGCAGGAGACGUUCUUAACAUAAUUAAACUUGUGUUUGGUAUAAGGAUACAAUUGGCUAAGGUACCCAUAUUGUUAAUAUGAGAGAUGGGUCAUCUGCUUGGCAUAAUAAUUGGGCUGAUCUCUAGUGCUGACAAAAGGGUGUGAGGGGAGGUAACCAGCACUGCGAUGAGAAGGAACCUCUAGGCAUGCAUGCCUUGUGGUGAGACAGAUAUUUAACAAGUUUGAGAGACUUGCAUAGUGCAUUAAUCCCAUCAAAGAGUUCCAAGGCGUUGGCAAGUUCAGUUGCUUUGUGAGAGGUGAGUUAAUUAGCACAGAGAUGGAGACAUUUAUAGUAAAGGCAGUCCUUGUUAUGUCAGAGUAGCUGGCUAUUUUGUCUUCUUCCUUUUGAACUUUUACACCACUUAAAUAGCAUAAUUUUCAGAUAUUUUAUGGCUUUUAGACACUGACUUCAACAAAAUCUUAGUGAACAGUUUUUGUGUGCUUUAUCUGCUGAAAAAGAAAGACUUGCCUGGCUUCCAUGCCUUAAUUCAAUCAUUGAGAAAGUCUUCUUGGUAUGUGCAUGUACAGUUUGUUGACAAGACAUGUGGCAUUAUGAAUUUGUAUAAUCUGUGUACAGUAAAGUGUUGAUGGAUGAUCGCCUCAUGUGUAUAUAAUUUAUGGACUUGGUAUAAGGUUUUGAUUAUUAAAUUAUCUGUCACUUUUAUCAUUUCUUUCAUGCUUAGCCAUGGUAAGUUUUAAACUUCUACUUUUCAUGCCAAAUAUAGUUGUUCACAUGAUGAAACAAAGUUACAGGAGAUUGUGUAAUCUGCAUCUUUGAAUUUGGUAGUCUUAUGAGCUUGUAAAAAUUAUAUCAGCAUUGUAGUCAGUUAAUUGACAAUGUAGAUGACAUGUACUUAAAUAACUGUAAGAAGUAAAGGGUGUCAGUUAAGAACAUGUCAGACAGGAGCAACCUCAAAAUGCUAAUACAAUUUCUGUUUAAAAUUCAGGUCAUUAGUUGCUGUUGUUUAUAUUGUUAGUAGAGAUCAUUUGUAAAAAUUUCCAUGCUUUUGGUGGUUACCAUACAAAGAAAGGCUGUGGAAAAUGGACAUGUGUACAUAGAAUUUGUUACUCAUAAAGCUAUGGAGAAAGUGUGUGUGCCAGCGAGAAAGAAAAUUAUUUUUUCAAAUGCAUCAGCUGUCAUGAAAGAUUUUCAAUGAACUAUUUCAUUAUUCCCAUUACGGUCAUGAGAAUUUUUUUUCCAUAUAUAGUUAUGUAUACACCCCAGGAAAAUCCACAGAGAAGAGGAAUCUCUUUUUUAUUACAUUUAGUCGAAUAAUUUAUACUAGUAAACCUUUCUUUGUAAACUAUUAAAGUAAACUAUUCAAAUUUA